AGCUCCUCCGGACUUUCGUCGUGGUUGCGCGCGGAAGUAUUAGUCACGUGACACGUCUCAAGCGUAUUAGCGUAAAUAUUUUUCUCCUCACAGCGAACGAUCGCCGACCUCGCUGUUUUACCCGCAUAAAUGAGUAUCGACUUAACUUUUGGCUAGUAGCCACAGUUUACUGGAAUAUUCAAACUAAGCAGGACAAAAUGAACGUGGACCUUACGCAAACCGGACAGACUGGAGCAGCAACCGCAUCCAGCACAUCCACAUCCAGCAGCAGCAGCAACUGCGUCCUGAACAGCGCCUCCACAAACGCCAGCAGCAUCCCUGCGGUCGGCAGCGGUAAUGUUCCGACCUCGGCAGCAAUGGCAAAUCCAUCAUCCGACUCCAUCGUGUCAAACGGGGUGUAUGUGCCCACAGGCAUCGCUAAUGGAGACGUGAAGCCCGUUAUCUCAACCACACCGCUGGCUGAUUUCCUGAUGCAGCUGGAGGAUUACACUCCUACAAUCCCAGACGCAGUCACCGGAUACUACCUCAACCGAGCUGGUUUUGAAGCAUCAGAUCCAAGAAUAAUCCGUCUCAUAUCAUUGGCGUCUCAGAAGUUCAUCUCAGAUAUUGCAAACGAUGCACUACAGCACUGCAAAAUGAAGGGCACGGCCUCUGGAAGCUCCCGAAACAAGACCAAGGACAAGAAGUACACGCUGACAAUGGAAGAUCUGACACCAGCCAUGGCAGAGUAUGGCAUAAAUGUAAAGAAACCUCAUUACUUCAUUUGAGGGGAAGUGCUUCAUGGAAAUGGACUGCUGGAAAUGCGGUGUUUGUCCCAUCAGAGCUUUGAAGACAUUAUCCUUCAGCGUGGGAACCAUCGGCCCACUGGCCCUCAGCUUUUUGUAUUUUCUUUAAGCGUGUUUGAUUGUGCCACACCGUGUGACUUUAGUUGAUGUCAGUAAGAAUCCUGUAUAAAUAAAUUCAUUGUAAUUACGUUUUGUGUAAUUGCACGUCUUCGGUUA